AUGUUGCAAUCAUCAUCGUCGAUUAGGUUGCUUUCGGUUGAUAAUACAUGCUCUGAUUACGAUUAGAUAAGCGGUGCGUGUAGCACCCCGCGAACAAACAGACCCAUGGCGUCAGACGAAACGGGACAUCGAGGACGGAACGUUGACGAUCGGUUUAUCAGUCGGUGUUGUUGCAUCGUACCUGAAAGCGAAAGCCACUGGCGUACCUGCGGAGCUGUAGUUGUGUUCCAGGACAACGAUGACACUCGAUCUGUACUACAACAUCAUCGCUCCGCCAUGCCGAGUGGUGCUGUUGUUUACGAAAUGGUUGAAGCUCGAUGUAAACCUCAUCGAGAUGGACAUACUGAAGCGGGAACAGUACAAGCCCGAGUUCAUCAAGCUUAAUCCACAGCACUGCCUACCGACGCUGGUGGAUGGUGAGGUCGUUGUUUGGGAGUCCAGUGCCAUCAUCAUUUAUCUGGCGGAGAAGUACGGCAAGGAUGACACGCUCUACCCGAAGGAUAUCGCACAACGGGCCAAAGUGAACCAGCGGUUGUUCUACGACAUUGGUACCCUGAUGCGCAGUGUGCACGUUUACUUUCAACCGAUUCUGAUCGGUGGCGAAGGUAAACCGGAAGACUUUAAAAAGGUACAGGAUGCGGUGGCCGUACUGGAGCGAUUCCUGCACGAAAGUCGCUGGUUGGCCGGGGAGCAUCUUACUGUGGCCGACUUUACUACGGCCGUCACGGUGGCGGCACUGGACGGUACACUCAACUUCGAUCUCAUCAGCUACCCUAACGUGCUCCGAUGGUACGAACAGUGCAAACGGGAGCUGACCGGCUACACGGAAAUCACCAGGGAAGCCGCUCAACGGACGGAGGAAUUCUUGGGACGAUUUCGUGCCAUGCGUGCCGCGGAACUACAGCACCAGCAUCAACAGCAUCAGCAUCAACAGCAGCAGCAGCAGCAGCAGCAACAGAACUAUGUUUCAAAGACUGACAUCAACCAAGAGGACGGUACUAGCUCUCGUCCAGAUGACCACUGAGAAAGCUUACGAAAAACCUUAAGAGGAACAUAAAAUUGUGGAAACCGUGGCACGAGACCAGUGCUGAUCGUCAAUCGUUUGCCAAACGGACUCUGAUUAGGAACGCAAGAUCAAUAAAGUCUUCCGGACGUUUAUCUGA